AUGCAUAAAAGAGGAGGAAACAGAGCCAGCGACAGCCCGCCGCGCACCCACAGUCUAAUCAAUCUACGCAUCACAACUUACAUCUUCUCCCGCCAUGGCACUCCACCAGUACCACCGGGCUUCGAGUCCACCCUCGCAUCCGAGGCACAAAGUCGGAGAUCUACUCCCACUAUCCCCCCGGGUUUCUCUGGCAAAGCGCCGAGUGCUAUACCGCAUCUGAACGAAGACGGCACCGUCAUUUCCCGACCUGGCAGUCGACGUGGGAGCUUGAUUGGUAUUGUGGGUGUGGUGGGCAGUCGGCCUGCUACGCCUUCGGGUUCGAGUAAGACCGUUGUAGGGAGUUUGAAGAGGCAGGUAAGUCAGCAGGUUUUGCCUGCGUUGCCCUUGAGGCCCGGGACGCCUAGGUUGGUUUCUGGGCUUGGUGCUGCGGGCUCUGGGAGCCGAGCUGGGAGUCCGACGAGGGUGGUUAGUGAGAUGGGUAGGAGGGACGUUGAGGAGACGCCGACCAAAGGGUCGAGGGCUGCGAUUGGCAAGAAGGUGGAAGUUCCAGCUGCACAGACCGAAGCCAAGAAGAAUGAUGUGAUUGAGAAAGCGGAGGACAAGGUCGUGCCGGCCACGCCUGCAAGAUCUGCUGUGGUCGAGAAAAGUGUGCAAGCUACGCCUCCGAAGUCCGCUGGUGUUGCACAACCUUUUCAGGCCACGGCAUCUAAGCCAGUCAAGCAGGACAAGACGAAUGUUGAAAACGCUGUGCCUGCCUCUGCCACGCCAGCAAAGCAGGCACCCACAAAGACGACAGAGCCGAUUGUCGCACCGCCCGUUGAAGCCUCGAAGCCCGAGAGGAAAUCCUCGGGACCCCUGUCAAUGCAGCCAGCGUCGAAAGGUGCUGCUACAGUGCAGACGAGCGACAUGAAAGCCACGCCUGUGACGCCGAGUAAGCAAGACAAGAAAUACGAGAAGCGCAAGCAUCCUGGUAAGCUCGACAUCACUGCCGCUGUCAACGAGCGAGACGAGGCCACCGCAGCAGCGAUCAAAGCGACACCUGUUGAGACCGUUACACCAGCCCAGCCGCAACGUAAUGUCUCACAGACCGCGUCUAUUGCUUCAAAGCCUGAAAGCCCCAUCGUCUCUUCGCCACUCGUCAAGAAUGCACCAAGGACACUACGUGUGAUGCAGACGCCCAAGACAGAAACACCACCAUCACAGAUACCCAUCGCAGCUAUGCCAAACUUGCCUGGAUCAUUUCCUGGUGUCAGACAACCCUCUCGGCAGCCAAGCGUUGCCUCCAUCAACCCACCCGGUACACCAUCUAGCGAGCAGGUCUCAAUCUCAGACAACCUCAGCAUGACCUCCACAUCUAUGUCUCGCGCCAACUCGCCUCCUCCGGGCGCUAGCGCGGGGGGGAAUGUGGUCGGCAGUGCACCGGUACGAGCGAAAACCAAGAGUCAGAUGAAGAAGGAGAGGCAGGAACGUGCUAAGGCUAUCGAGGAGGAGAAGGCAAGGAGUGCUAGUGCGGCUUUUGCUUCUGGAGAGGGCAGUGGGGCUGUGACGCCUGUGGCUGACGAGCCGGCGCAAGAGGCGAUUCAGGGUAGGAAGAAGAAGGCUAAGAAGGAGAAGGAGGUCAAGCCGCCAAAGCCUAUCAAGGCUGCGCCGACUGUGAAGGAGACGACGACUGCCACCGCAUCGAGUCCGAAAGACGCAGCCGCCAGUCAGCCUGUUUCGCCUGCGCAGAAAGUGGUGGCUGCUGAGCCUGCCAAAACUGCCCCUGUUGUCGAGCAAGUUGCGCCAAAGCCUCCCACACCUACUAAGACACCGGUGUUCCAUGGUCCGGCACCGCCGCCUAUGGUUCCAGCACCACAUGAGCCUUCGCCGCCACCUACGCCUACCUUGACAGCCGCCUCGUUGCUGGCAGACCUCAAGAACCAGGCCCCGGAAAUACAGAAGUGCCUCGAGUCGCUCUUUCGCGCCCCGACGAACACGACAUACAAGGCCUCGCAGCCGAUCUCGCCUAAGGACUUACAGAACCCGGCUUUCUGGAAAUCUGACUUCAAAAUCAAUCUGACUAAGGACGAGGUUGAUGCUCUUCUCAAAGGUGCUAUUCCAUCGAUCAGUUAUGGAGGACAGACCGGACGAGUCUGGGAUCGAGGACUGGUUACGCAGACUGGUGCGCACCUUCGCGCGUUGACCGAGGAGCUAGAGCAGCGAUUUCUGGAUCUGGAGAAAGCGCUCAAGGAGAUGCCCGACGAGCUUCGAUUCAAGUACAGCAAACCUCAGAAUGAGAUCCGCUUCCCUGGAAUCGACCUCGAGAGCCUGAAGCGUGGCUUUGCAGCCGAUGGCGCAUAUGGUGCUGGUGCAGGAGGUGGGCAAGGUGGUGGUCGGGGAGACAGAGGCCCGAGUGUCAUGGAGCAAAUGGUUCAAGAUGGCAACUCUCUCAAGAAAGGUGCCUUUCUUGUCGACGAGGCGGGCAGGUAUGUGGAUGAGUUUGUUAUGCCGCCUGUUACCCCACCUCCUUCGGCUGGUGGUAACAGAGGUAAUGGGCAGAACCAGGGUCAAGCUAAUGCUGGUGCGAAUGCUGGUGGUGCUGGUGGUGGUGCUGAGGGCCAGACUGCCAGGGCUGUGCAGGGGUAUGUCAAUGUGGAUCUGGAGGUCGUGGAGCGACAGGUUCAAGAGGCCAGGAGGUUUGCUGAGGAGGGCGAGGGGAGGUUGAGGAAGAUGAUCAAGCGGAAUAGGCGCUUACUGGGGCUCGGUUGA